GAAAGGAAAGGGACGGGCCCUGCGCGCGGCAUUUUGGGAACGCGUGGUAUUCUGGGAGCGCGGGGUCCGCCAUUCACCUUCUGCACGCCUUCGCCUUCGUAUCUUCUGUACUAGUUUCCUGCUCCGAAGAGGAGGAGGAAAAGGAGACGCCAGUCGAACUCUCCCUUGUCAAGAUGUCUAUUGGUGUGCCAAUUAAAGUACUCCAUGAGGCUGAGGGCCACAUUGUGACAUGUGAGACAAACACUGGUGAAGUAUAUCGGGGGAAGCUCAUUGAAGCGGAGGACAACAUGAAUUGCCAGAUGUCCAACAUCACAGUCACAUACAGAGAUGGCCGAGUGGCACAGCUGGAGCAAGUAUACAUCCGUGGCAGCAAGAUCCGCUUUCUGAUAUUGCCUGACAUGCUGAAAAAUGCACCCAUGUUAAAGAGCAUGAAAAAUAAAAACCAAGGCUCAGGGGCUGGCCGGGGAAAAGCUGCUAUUCUGAAGGCCCAAGUGGCUGCAAGAGGAAGAGGACGUGGAAUGGGACGUGGAAACAUCUUCCAGAAGCGAAGAUAACUUAACUUGGUUGAACAGAACUGUCCCUACAUUUUUUAUUUAGGUUAUCUUAAGUUCAGGGGGUUGGGCACUUGUGUGUAUGUCUUAGGUUUUCUUUGACAUUUUUCUCUUUAUUUUAAAUUUUUUUUUCUCUUUUUCUGGUACCGGGGAUCAAACACAGGACCUGUGCUUGCCAGGCAGCUGCAGCGCCAUUGAGCUACAUCCCCAGUCCGGCAUCUUUCUCUUUAGAUCAGUGGAAAUGUUAUAAACUAAAUAAAUCUGGUGGUUUUGUUUUUGAGAAAA